AUGGAGCAGAAGCUUUCUUCAGUAGCGAAAACGCUAACAAGUUCACCCAUACAACAACUUUCUUAUCUUGCCGAAAGACGCAAUGCCGUCAACCUCGCCGAAGGUUUCCCUGAUUUCCCUGCACCUUCCUACCUUAAAGACGCUGCCAUUUCCGCUAUCCGCUCUGACUUCAAUCAGUACAGGCAUGUUCAAGCAAUAUGUGAUUACCUCGCUUAUCAACUCAAACAAAUGCAUGGCCUAGAUGUCGAUCCCCUCACUGAUAUCGUCGUAUGUUGUGGUCAAUCUGAGGCUUUUGCUGCCGCAAUGUUUGCAAUAAUAAACCAGGGUGAUGAAGUCAUCUUAUUCGAUCCAUCCUAUGAAACAUAUGAAACAUGCAUUAGGUUGGCUGGCGGGGUCCCAGUGUAUGUAGCACUUGAUCCCCCUUAUUGGAGUCUGGAUCCAAAUAAACUAGCAAAGUCAUUUACUGCCAGGACAAAAGCUAUUGUCCUCAACAGCCCUCACAAUCCAACUGGAAAGGUUUUCACAAAGGAUGAGCUUGAGAUUAUUGCUGGAGCUUGCCGGACCUGGGAUAUUCUAGUUGUAACAGAUGAGGUUUGCUUCACUUUGACACAUCUUGCGCUUUUCAAAGAAAACGGAAAGCAACGAAAUAAGUAUAUUCAGUUCUUUUGUUCAACCUAA